AAGUUUGUAUCACAUACUUAGUUAUUUAAUAUUAUCAAACAAAAUAGUAAUAAUAAUAAUCACGGAAUACUGAGCUGUGUUUGGACACCGCUUUAUCUUAGUGAUGUAAUUUUCAGAAGAAGAAAAGAUACAGACAUCAAUGAAAUCUUAAAAACAUGUUGCAAAUUGUGCUCCACGCGUCGUCCAGACGUCCCGUUUUGUCUCUGUGUUAUCACUGUUUGGUGGGUGGCCUAAUUAGCGUCUAAUUGGUCUAUUUCGAUGGUCAGUUGUAAAGUAAUUCGCUACGGCUUCAGAUGGGACGGAGUGCAAAUAUUAGGUAAUGGUCAAAAAUUGGCUCUUAGUUUGACGUGAGCAGCGAAAGAUGGACACAACAGAAAGUUGUGUAGAGAGCGAUGGGAUCGACGCUCCUCUAUGGAUGUUUUGGAAACGGAGACGGUAUGUGGUUAUGGUGAUGGCCUUUCUGGGCUAUUUCAAUGUUUACUCCUUGCGAGUGAAUCUCAGUGUGGCAAUCGUGGCCAUGACAGAAAUACGUGAAAUGAUUCAUCCGAAUGGAACCGUAGAACUCAUACAAGAGUUCGAAUGGAGCUCAAGUCUGCAGGGAUACGUCCUCAGCUCUUUCUUUUACGGUUACAUCUUCACGCAGGUUCUCGGAGGUUAUCUAUCUAGCAAGUUCGGCGGAACAAACGUAUUCGGCGUUGGAAUUGGGGCAACGGCAGUACUGACUCUGUUGACACCGAUCUUGGCAAAGCAAGGCGCUGGAUGGCUUAUCGCAGUUCGCACCUUGGAGGGUGCAUUCGAAGGCGUAACGUUCCCCUGUGGGCAUGCUAUGUGGUCAGUAUGGGCACCACCCAGCGAGCGUUCUCGCAUCGCUUCGAUUGCUUUCACUGGAUCUUUUGCAGGCACGGUGAUCACGAUGACGCUAAGUGGUAUUUUGGCUGUUUCUUGGGGCUGGGAGAGUGUGUUCUAUUUCUUCGGAGUAUUGGCGUGCUUUUGGUACACCGCUUGGUUGUUGAUGGUGAGGAAAUCUCCGGAGCAUGACCAUCGGAUAAGUGAACAGGAAAGGGAGUUCAUAAUGAAAUCAUGGGGUCGUCAAGAGAAGGAUACAAGUGAUGUGAAACACCCGUGGAUGAAGAUGCUAACGUCAAAGCCUGUUAUAGCAAUGUCCAUCGCCAGUAUUGUGGAAGAUUGGGGCUAUUACACUCUGUUGACUGGUUUACCGACAUUUUUGAAAUCUGUACUGAACUUCGAUCUCCAGGAGUCCGGAAUACUGUCGGCGCUGCCUUAUCUAGCGAUGGGCAUUCUUCUAAGCACAUCCGGUUAUCUGGCCGACUGGCUUCAAAUCCGCGGUCAUCUGACUACCACCCAGGUUCGGAAAUAUUUCACCUGUGGCGCCUUCAUCGUUCAGCUCGUGUGUAUGAUGAUUGGCGCCUUAGUUCUGAUUCCCGCUCCUACUAUCGUCUGCAUAACGAUUGCCGUUGGAAUGGGAGGAGUUGCCUGGUGCGGGUACCUUCUGAAUCCCCUGGACCUGUCCCCCAUGAGUUCCGGUGUGCUGAUGGGGAUCUCCAAUGGGUUUGCGGCCAUUUCCGGAGUGAUUGGUCCCAUCGUUACGGGGAUUAUCACCACCAACAAUACCGAGGACGAGUGGAGGAUGGUGUUCUAUAUUGCAGUUGGGAUCUACGUCUUUGGAACCCUGGUGUACUGGUUUUGGGCGUCCGGCGAACUUCAACCGUGGGCACUUGAGGUUACGCAACGAAAAAAUGGACCUACGGAAGUUUCUUUAAGAAGCGAAUCAAGCAUGAAUAAACGAUUAGAUCAUUUAUCGCCAAUUUGA